AUUUUGAUUUAAUGCGACUCAUUGGACAUUUAUAUCUCUUAAUGUAGCUAUGUUUUGAAGCUAUUGAUUCUUAAGUCUUACACAAUAUUGCCUUCUAAACAAUUGUGUGCCUACUCAUUGUCUUUUAAGCUGCACCUAUCCUCUGUAUCAAUAGGCUAGCUGCUGUGGCUAACUCAGGCAACCCCCCACAUAUUUUGUUGCGGUCAGGGCAGUAGGCUAUCGACCAACCGAUUAUUGUUUUUGUUGACAAUAUUUAUAUAUUUUAUAAGUGUACGUGAACCCUUUCCAAUAUUAGCAAAGCCAUAAUAAUGAGUGCAGAAGACUCAAACCCAGCCGCCACACCCACUCCCUGUGAAGACAUCCAGGGAGAUGGACGAUGGAUGUCUCUGCACAAUGGCUACGUAUCAUACAGCAAAGACAAAGAACCUGAUGUCCUGUUUGUGGGAGACUCUCUCAUCCAACUCAUGCAUCAGUUUGGGAUUUGGCGGCAGUUGUUUUCUCCUCUGCACUGCCUUAACUUUGGAGUGGGUGGUGAUGCGACACAGCAUGUGCUGUGGAGGCUGAGCAACGGUGAACUGGAUAACAUCAGCCCAAAGGUCGUAGUGCUGUGGGUCGGAACGAACAAUCACGGUCACACACCUGAACAGAUCUGUGGCGGGAUCAUGGCUAUCAUCCAACUUGUUCACAACAAGCUCCCCAACGCUCACACGCUUGUACUUGGUUUACUGCCCAGAGGUAAAAUGCCAAACCCUCUGCGAGAGCGAAACGCCAAGGUGAACAAGCUCGUCCAGGAAGCCUUAUCAUCUGUUCCUCAUGGCUCCUUUCUGAACGUGGACCCUGGCUUUGUCCUUUCGGACGGCAGCAUCUCCCACCAGGACAUGUACGACUACCUUCAUCUGACCCCUCACGGCUACGAGGCUGUAUGUAAACCACUGCACGCCCAUAUCAAAUCUCUGUUAGAUAAACCUGCUGAGAACUGACGGCAAAGGUUAUAAAAAAUGACAUGUAUACACUACAGAAAGUCCUUGUUCCUGACUCCUGCCCUGAGCUUGUUAAGUCUCUGCACUGUGAAUAGGUUUAGAGCAACACUUAAACUGUGCAAGUCUUUUCUAAAACCAGGGUUGGUGACCACUGUUGCUGAUAAUAGGGCCACAAGUUUUUGUGUGUUUACAAUAGUCAAAAAUGAAACGUGUUGUGCUAGAGAGAGACAUCGUCCUCCUUAAGUGUUCUGUCUUCUGUUCCCCUUUAUUCAUUAAAACACAUUAUUUCCUUUCAUUGUCAUUUUAAACAAUGGGUGAAUAUGAUGAAAGCAUCUCCAGGAUACAAACACAAAAAACAACAUUACACCAGUUCAGAUAUUCAGUGGUUAUUAAUAUUUUAUAUAUAUGCAGCGGCUUUAACCAUUAAUUAAUAUAUUCUGAAAGUCUUUUCACUUUUCAUGCCACAAUCAAAGCUUUGUUCAUAAUCACAUUCAACAAAUAGAAUCACUUCAGCUAAAACUCUUAUAAAAUAUUAAAACAUGAUGUAUCUUGGGCUGAUGGUGAAAACCCUGUACGCUGUUUUUCAGACAAAAUAAGACAUGCAUCUAGUUGGAAAACAGUUUGAGACUUCACAUUUGUGCCAGAGUCUGCUCUGUACUUGAUGUCAUAUUUUGGUUGUGUCUCAGUUGAACUAGUUUCCAUGAGUCACUUUUAUUUGUUAUUAGACCAUUUUCUUGGACGUGAUUUUGGCUUUUUCAAAAAAAGACAAAAUAGAACUGUAAAUAUUGUUUACUUAGUUUCUUUCUAGUCCAGGAACCUUCCAGAAUAAAAAAAAAAACAUCUGUAGGAUCAAACUGGGAUCCAACUUAUCCAACAGAAAUACAACCUUCACCAAUAAUACCAUUAAUACCAAUUCUUUAUUCUUUUCCUGUUGUGUUUAUUGUGAAAAAUGUAUACUUUAAGAUUUCCUUUUCUUUAUGUUUUUUUGUAUAUGUUUAUUUCAAUGACCAAAGGUUUUGAUUUUGUUUACAUGGUAAAUAUUUGACCUGCCCACUUGUUUUUCAUCAUGUUAUUGCCUUUAUCUUUUUCCUACACGUAUUGUAACCGCAGUAGUUUUAUGUUAGUGGCUUUUCUUUUGCAAGUAUACAUGUAUCUGAUUAGAUCGUGUUCAUCUUGUUGCUGUGCUUCAAAUUAGAUCUUUUCUGCAGCAUAAGGGCUCAAACUGUGAUUUAAAAUGUUUUACUUCACACUAACGUGCUUCAGAGCCUCUUGGAUAUUGAUUGUGCCACGGGAACUUGAAAUGGUCCAGGAUGAAUAAUUGUGUAAGUGAUGAUAGAAAUGCAUUAAAUUUCAAAACAAUAUGG